AUGUCAGACAACACCGGUCCACCGCCGCGUAAAAGGGCUCGUCAGGCUUGUUUGGCUUGUAACGCACGACGAGUAAAAUGCGAUGUGACUGAAAGGCAGCCAUGCCAAAACUGCGUGGCUGGCAAUGUUACCUGCGAGACGCGCGAAAGCCGGCGUGGGAAGCAUCCACGGCCCAAUAAGAAACGACAUUCCCUGGAUAGCAGUGCCUCCGGAGCUCGCAGUCAGCAUGACGAUGAAGUAGCCGGAGCCCAGGUCCUUGCGUCGCUGCACCGGGAUAUCAAUGCCACUCAACCAGAGGCGGCAAUCAAGAGCUUCCUGCCGGGCGAGCAGCCCAACGGUCCACGCCCAGAGGUUCGUCUGGAGGAAGACGGCGAUGUUUUCUUGGGGGAGGCAACAUCUCUAAGAUACGUGCAUGAUGCGCCAGACUCCGCGGCACCUACGUCCAACUCGCCGGAUCAAAGUGCCAGACUGCGCUACGCCGUGCCCUCUGCAGUCAAGGCCGAAUCGCUCAUCCCCGACUGGGAAGUGCAGCGACGGGAGAGGAGGAAGGAGCAUCUAAGGCAGGAUGGCGCACUCUCCUUCCCGGAUUCAUCAGUCGUAGAGGGGUUGCUAAAGGCCUACUUCCGCUGGUUCCAUCCAUGCUUCGCCGUCGUGGACGAGAUGGACAUCUGGGCGCAGCACAGCCAAGGCACGCUUUCGCCUCUGUUACUGCAAGCCAUGCUGUUCGUCGGAGUGCUUCACUGUGAAGAUUCUGUGCUUCUGGCUUUGGGCGAAGGCACCCGACAUCGCGCCAAGUACAUCUUCUACAUGCGGGCCAAGGACAUCUAUGAUGCUGAGGUCGAGCAGAAGAAGAUCACUGUGAUUCAGUCGCUGUUCUUGAUGAGCUUUUGGAGAGCCGGCGCAUUGCUCGAAAAGGACACCCGGCAUUGGCUCGCUGUAGCGAUAUCUUUGGCCCAGACGAAGGCUCUUCAUCGAUCUGCUGGCAACGCUGAUAGCCAGGCUGCGAAACUGCGACGACGAAUAUGGUGGUCGUUGUAUACUCGCGACCGGCAAUGCGCCGCAGCGUUGGGACUGCCAAAUCGAGUCCGGGAUGAGGACUGCGACUUUGAGUCCCUCGAGAGAUCCGACUUCGAUCACGCCUACCACGACAGUGUGCCACAAAAGGCUGCAGACCAGUACAUCACUUAUGCCAUGGGCAUGACUGAAUUGGCGAAACUGCUGGGACAAAUAGUGCACUCUGGCUACUUGCCCAACAAAAGGCUCACCAGCGUGUACAGAGAGCAGAUCCGGAGCAGGCUGGCCCAGUGGAGGGAUCAGCUACCGAUAGCAAUGCAGCCGGACAACAACAGCGGAGAGCCGCCGAGCUUCUACGCCAAUAUGCAGCACUUGGCUUACAACAAUCUUCUGAUCCUACUUUACCGGUCCGGCUACAUCGGUGCCCAGGAGGAAGACCGAGAGGUUGACGGCAGCAUAGCAAUCACCGCUGCAUCUCGCAACACUCGCAUCGUCGAGGACAUGCUAUCGGACGAAACGCUUCGGCACGGGCAAGUACAUGUCAUAACAAACCUGUUCAACACACUCUGCAUGCACACGAUCCAGUUGCGCCGCUCUGUGGGAUCUGGACGGACGGUGGCAGUCUCGCGAGCAAAAAUCUGCCUUAAUGGCUUGCAAGAAUUGCAGAAAACGUGGGAAGUCACGAACUGGGUCCUAGAGCUCUUUUUCCAAUACCUCGAUCGCUCGACGGCCGAGAGCCUGCAAAUGCAAGACCAGCAACAGCCGCCUUCCACACAACCCACGAACGCCCGGCCACUGGAGGCGAAACCAUACGUCAAGACUCCACAGCCAUCCACGCCGCUCUACCCGGCUAUGCAAGCUCCGUAUUUCAAUCCAGGCACCUCUCAGUCUAUGUUAGAUGCGGCUCCUGCUACGCCUUGGGAGUCCGAUCCUAACCGAACCGACCAGUUUUUGUUCAGCUCGAUGGAGCAUGGCUUCGCGUUUGGAGAGGGUGAGAUUGCCGAGUGGAAUCCCACGGAGCUGGAGUUUAAUGCUUCUUUCUUUCCGUCGGCCAAUGCUGGGAUGCAUAACUUUUGGGCUUGA